AAUUAAUAAGCAAAGCAGAGCGUACUUUAAAAAAUGUUUUCUUUGUUGAUUUUUUCAAUCAUUUUUACCAAUGGUAUUAUCAGCUUAGAGGCCCAGUCUAAUGGACCAUCACCAGCACCAAAUGGACCUUCUGAGAACCUUUUUGGGGUGUCGUUUCCGCAACCAGAAGCUGCAGCUAGUGCUUUGAGUCUCGGGCCUAACAGAGGUUAUGGCACCUGCAGGUACGAAGGAAUUAUAGAACAUUGUGAUACAAGUUGUCUUCAAUAUUUCUCCCGUAUCAGGUUUUCAACAAGAGGCUGUGAUAGCUGUGUUUGUGAUAGUCCAAAUUCAAGACAUUGUGAUGUAUCUAGAUGUCUAAGACAAGAGCCUCGAAAAGCACCAACUUUCGAAGAAUUAUUAAAAGAAUUCCAUGAUAAUGAUAAAAAUUGGGGGUGUAAAUUAGUACAAGUAGAAAAAAAAUUUUACAGAAUGUGCCCUUAUGAGGCUUCUCGAAAAUCAAACAAUGAUGUUCCUUUUUUUCCAUCAAACUAUGUUGUACCAGAACCUGACUACUCCCUGUUUCCUUCGUUACUCCAACCUUCUUUUCCUUGGUAG